UUAUGAUAAACAGGAACUAUGCCGACUUUUAUGAAGCAUCAGUUCAGAAACUAGAGACAGAUGAUGUUUUUUUCUGGUCAUGUUCAUGUUGAUAUUCUGGAUGCAUCUUCAAACCCGCAACAGCAGCCUAAGUUAUUAAUUUCCUUUUUGAAAUAAAACGGUGGACUGAUUUUUGUUGUCUACUGUUUUUGUUUUUGGAUGUUUUUGCUUGGAAUGUUCAGUCAAUAGAUAUAUUUAUGGAGCUGUUCCUUUCGAUGAGCUUGAAUUUCUUCCUUCUUUUCAAUGCAUAUAUUACCUCUGCAGAAAAUUAUUAUCAAACACUGAAUGCUGUAAUCAGCAUCGAGGACAAGGCCAACGACAACUUAACAGACCUACUUCGCAACUUCAUAGCUUCUUCUGGUGAAGAAGUAAUUAGCCAAAUUAGUCGCACUAAAGAUUGUCAUCUUAAGGACGGCGAAAUAAAUUGUGUGUGUGAAGCUCUCUUCUCCAAAAAAGAUGGGGUAGAGUGUAACCCUGUCAACAGAGUUUCAGUCAAUGGAACAAUUGUCCAUGGAAAAAAGACUUACAGCGAUGACCUCACAAAUCCAAACACAGAUGCAUUUAAGGAACUGAGCAACAACAUAAUUCAGGAGUUUUCAAAAGAAUACAGCAAACUGAAAUGGUUUAAUUCCCUGACCAUUACAAAAUUCAGUAAGGGCUCGGUCAAGAUACAUUUCAGGAUGACUUUUGAUUCCGAUGAAGGCAUAGAGGGCAUUGAUAACAUAACUGCCGAGUUACAGAAGGAAUAUGGAAAGGCUGAACUUGUUACGGAGGGUUUUGUCAGAAUAACAGCACCAACAGGUAGAGUGGAAUAUAAUACAAAUGUGAACCUUAGCUGCGAAACCAAUGGCAAUCUCACUGGGGAUGCUGCAUGGUACUUGCGGAGGGAAAACGGAGAGGAAACAGAAAUCAAAGGAGGGACUGAAGUGGAACUGAAAAAUCAACUGAGCAAAAGCACAAUUCACCUUUCAAAUACAUCGAGUGUCUGGAGAGGUUCAUACAUAUGUGAAUUUAAGCAGGGUACAGUGAAACACCAAGCUAGUGUCUUUUUAGAUGUAGCCCUCCUGCCUAAGAUCAACAUUUUUACUGACCCUCAAUUUCCCGACUGCAAAAAGCCUAGGCCUAUUGAUAAAGUAACAGUGACUUGUGCCAUUGAAAAUACAACUGAAAUAUAUAAUGUUAACUGGGAAGACAAAGACUUUACUUCUCCAAACAAAAAAUUUGAGCAUGGUAACCUUUUGUACAGCAUCGUCAAAACCGUAGUUUGUACAUCCAAAGAAGACAUUAAAGUUUCAUGCAAUUUCACAAACAACCUGAAUCAAUUUAAGCCAGAAUACCUUACCAUUCCUGUCAUCUACUCUGACACUAAGGUCUGUCCAAAGGACGGAGACUGGCCUGAGGCCAAGGCAGGUUAUGUGGCCAAACUGCCCUGUGGAAGUAAGCAAAAAGGUGAAAGGACAAGGGAAUGCCAGGAAAAAAAAUCAUCAGAAUCAUCAAACAGAUAUAAAGGAGCAGCAUUCACGGUGUUGAUGGCCAAAAACCCAGUCAGCAUCCCCUAUAUUGAGCACCUGACUUUGGUAGGCCUGUUCGUGUCCGUAGUUUCUCUCUUUGUAUGCCUCAUGAUUGAGUUUGCUGUGUGGAAUGCCGUGGUCAAGUCAAGCAUUGCCCAUUUUCGCCACACGGCCGUAGUCAACAUCUCUCUUUGCUUGCUGCUCGCCGACAGCAGUUUCUUGGCCACAGCGUUUCCAGUGUCCUCUCCUAGCCAGUGGUGCCGCUGGCUCGUCGUCAUGAAGCAUUACUGCUUCCUGGCCAUGUUUUUCUGGAUGCUGUGCUUAAGCUUGGUGCUACUCCACUCCCUGAUUUUCAUAUUCCAUCGGCUGAGGAAAAAGGUCUACUUAGGAGCGUCCUUCACCGUCGGCUAUGUCUGUCCGUUAAUUAUCGUGGUCUUGACGGUCAUUGCAUAUGAUAAUGGUAAAGAAGACUCCUACUACCUACCCACAACCUGCUGGCUGAAGUAUGAGGGUGCCUUUCAAGGGUCUUUCUUUGCCUUUGUGAUGCCAGUUGGCAUCAUUGUUGCCAUUAAUGUGUUGUCCAUGCUGCUGGUAAUCGCAAAACUGUUGACACCAUCUAUAUCUGAAGGCAGUACUCCAGAUGACAAAGAAGUCAUCAGAGGCAUCCUUAAAGCUGUGAUCUUCCUAACUCCAAUCUUUGGAGUGACAUGGGCUUUUGGAUUUGCUGUUCUGGCGAUUGACCAUACUGUAAUGCCCACGUCUAAGAUUGUGAACUAUGCCUUUACAGUGUGCAAUGCAUUUCAGGGGUUAUUCAUUCUUCUUACUGCUUGCCUGGGAGAAAAAAAGGUUCGAGACCAGCUUUCUGAGAUAAUGAGAUGCAAUUCAAAGGUUUAUAAAACAUCCAGAGGCGAGCUCUCCACCUCCAAGACCUCCGAUCAAAGCUCCAUCAAAAAGAAAUAACGUCCAGUCUUGUGGCAUCAAAAUUUUCAAUACCCUGUGCUUUGUUCAGUUAUCUUACUUUUCUGUUAGACAUAAUGCUGUUGUUAACCUAAUAUGAGCUUAAUAGGAUUGAAGCUGUUUCAUUAACUCAAUCUGCAGUGCAAACAUGCCUCUGAUUUACAUGGUGUCAGUGUCCUUGCAAUGUGUAGUUGAUACCAAAAUAUAAAAUAUAUAAAAGACUUCUGAGCACAUAAUCUAUAAUACAAAAAGAAUACUUGGAAACAUUAUCCUCCCUGUUGCUUCAGAACUACAUUAAUAUUAAUAUACAUAGGUGUACAAUGCUUUAAUUUCUGACAACAAACAUCACAUUGGACCUUCUUUACUUUUUGAGGCAUCAUUU